AUGACAUUCGGUUCAGCCAAAGAAGUCUUCACACGAAGAUGGAACCCCGGAAUGAGCCUUCCAGUUGGGGGUCAGCCGCAAAUUAAGAUGGGAAUUGAAAAACUUAGACAAUGUCCUCGAGAUGGAAAGGGGACGCUUGAAGAUCCGUUAGUAAUUUGGGCAGCGCAUUUGACAGAUCGACAGCGCCGGGAAUUGCGAAUCCCAGAAUUUGAGCAAGAAGAGGAUCUAUACCGCGCAAUUGAUGCCAACGCGGAUGUGGCGAAGACGGCAGCUAUUAGAAGUGGAUGUACGGUGGUAUGGAUCAUCUGCCCUGUUCAUACUAGCAAAUAUGCCCACGAUGAGAACGGCGAUCGGGUGCCAAUAAAAUGGGAUCACGCUGGCAACCCGGCAGAGUACCUCGUUUUAGAUGCUGAUCCACAUAUCACCGUAAAGCUAGGUGUGAGCGAGGAUUUAUGCCUUCUACAUGGUCAUAUUAACGUACGGAUCGAUGAAAGGGGCUUUCCUACUCAAUUUAUGAGUAGCUUUCAGAGAUAUGAGAGUGGACACAUCACAGAUGGCGAUGAUAGGGUUCUUGAACUUUUCGAGUGGCGUGACAAGGGAGAUUUAACAGCACAUCUUAUCCAGCAGGAAGCCGCGUACUACAAGCUCUUCAGCACAAUGACCGUAAGUUGUAGUGGAGAGUGGGAACUCGAGGACCUAGAACACGAUGAUCCCGACUAUAAGCCUCCCGAGCAUCUUGAACUCUUAUUUCAGAAUAACACGCAGUACGUACCGGACAACAGUGAAGAAGCAUCGAUGAUUAACGGAAGUUUGGAGGAGUAUCUAGUUCGUAAGUGGAGCCCUUAUGAGAAAGGCGAAGGUAUAGUUUCUAUGCAUAAUUUUGGCUACAACACUAUUACCCCUUUCUCCUCAUGGGUCGAAGACAAGAUCCCCGCUCUUAGCAUUGGUAUGACAGGCCAAAGUAUAAAGGCAGCAGGCUCUGCUCCCGGACUCCUUAAAACUUCAUACCUAAAUACAUUCAAUUCAUCAACCAUUAUGCCUAGCUUCUCAGACAUCGAGACGACCCUAGCUUCCGUGGAGGCUAGUCCUAGAAUCCGUGAGGUCCUCCGGGACUUGCACACGAAGGCUCUUUCAGAAACCCCUUUCGUAAGCACGGGAGGACCUCUAUCGGAUGCUCUGGAUAAGUUUGUGGCCCUGGAUCCCGAUAAAUGCGCAUUGGUUUACCUUCUUCUUCGAGCGACAGGAGCGCGCUUCGUCGUUGAAGCAGGGACCUCUUUUGGUCUUAGUACCAUAUAUCUCGCGCUAGCUGUAGGACAGAAUGCGAGCCUGCAGGAUGGAAACGGCAAGGUCAUCGCGACGGAGAACGAAUCGCAUAAGGCGGCAAGGGCUCGCGAGCAUUGGAAGGCCGCUGGAGACGAAAUUGAGAAGCGGAUUGAACUGAGAGAAGGAGACUUGCGAGAGACACUCAAGGUUAACUUGCCUCCCCAUAUCGACUUUUUACUGCUUGACAUCUGGACCCCCCUAGCUUUGCCUACUUUGAAACUUGUCCAGCCGAACUUGAAGAUUGGCGCGACGAUUGUAACCGACAACACUAUCGAGGCUGCAAAGGGGUACGAGGAGCUGGUAGCUUAUUUGGGAGACCCAUCCAACGGGUUUAAGACGACGACAGCACCUUACUCUGGUGGUUUACUCAUUGCGGUAUACGUCGGGAAGGGGACCUCGUAAUUCUAUUUGAUAUCUGGGACAGUAGUUUCAACACACUAACAGCCCUUUCCCUCCUAUGUACUUAACGUCAUUUUACGCUAACCACAAUGAAGGUGCUGGAGAAGGCUAAGGUCAUGACCGUACCUAGCUGAGCUAGGUAUAAACGGCAGGAUCAUAGGAAAACCGGGAGUCCGAAAAUCGGCUUCAACAUUAUGCCUAGAAAGACGGACGAAAGUCAGCUCAGAUCGGAGACAUUAUUUUAUAAAACGUAUGAUCCACCACUUACCUUACUUUAGUACCGACCUAUU